GCAUGUGUGUGCAUGUGUGUGCACAGCGUUCUGUAAAUUGAAGGGAGGAGAGUCACACCUUUGUGGUUUUAGAUGUCUUGAGGCUGUCAAAUACUAUAAAAGCCCCACUGCACAACUACUUCUGAGACACCUGCUCAGUUAGGAGCUGAGAAUUUUUGAAUUUGAGUCUCCUCCAGACAGCAUGACUAUCCAUAUUUGUCUCCCUCUGCUGGUUGUGCUUGUGCAGCCAGCUCUGAGUCUCUACAACUGUUCAUCUCGGUAUGACAGGAACCCAGUGAAUUCAGACAUGUCAAUUGAAUGUGGCGCCAGUAUGAUCACCGUGACAAUCAACCUGUGUACGGUUCAGUGGGCGGGCUUCUUCUCCACAGACCUGGCUCUGAACGGGAAGCACAACACUUCGGAGUGCAAGGGCUCUAGCGACACCAAUGCCAACCCUCCAGUCAUCCAUUACCAGCUUCCUGUUAACCAAAGCCAGGAUAACCCCUGCCGACAGUCUCUGCAGAUUGUAAAUGAGGCCCCGGACCCCACAGGUCCCUUCAGCAGCUUCUCAAGUAUUCAGUCAGUCAUCAUCACCGGGUUCAUUGACACCAUUCGUUCUGACCAGGGGGUGAUCAGCUACUCCACUGACCUCUACUAUCACUUCUCCUGCCGCUACCCACUGGAGUACCUGCUCAACAACACACAGAUUGUAGCCUCCUCAGUAUCCGUGGCGACCACUGAUAAUAACGGAACCUUCAUUGAUACACUGAAAAUGAGUGUUUUUAAUGACUCUAAUUAUGGCUUCCCAUUAGUGGUACCUUCAACAGGCCUUGAGCUACAAACCAAGAUCUAUGUGGAGGUCAAGGCUGUUAACCUCACAGGAAAUUUCUAUGUCCUGCUGGAUCAAUGCUUUGCCACUCCCUCGCCUUACAACAUGUCACAAAAUGAGCAGCACAACUUCUUCGCAGGCUGUUCAGUGGAAGAAAAGACAUCUGUGACAAGAAAUGGCGUUUCCACGGUUGCCCGAUUUAACUUUGAGGCCUUCCGCUUUGUUCAGCACCGCAACUUGGCAAAGUCCAGCAUCUAUCUGCACUGCAUGCUGAGAUUCUGUGAGCCCAGCAAAUGUAAAGAGCUGCUGUCUACCUGUAACCGAAGAAAAAGAUCUGUGAAUCCUUUUGGAAAAGAAACCAGUGAAUCCGCCACUGUUUCAGUUGGACCUCUUUACACUGCCGGAGAAGACAUACCAUAUGCUGCUGCCUACAGUGACAACAAGCCAUCAGAGAGGGCUAACGUGAACGUGGCGGGCCUGGUGGUGGGGGUGGUGUUUGGCUUGGCUGCUGCUGUCUUGCUGGUUUUUGGUGGCUGGUUCGCCCUGAAGAAGUUUAUUUGGGCGGGAGGAUCGUCUUGGAAAUGACAAAUUGUCUUCGCCUUGUCGCCUCACAGCAUAUUGUAAUCUGAUAA